AUGAUGUUGGCCACUCUGGUUGAUGACCUUUACUGUGACUUGGACGAUAGUGCGCCUGUCUUGGUCUUGUUGGAACUCUCUCCAGCUUUCGAUACCAUUGGCCAUGGUUGCCUUGGGAUUGGGAGCACGGCCUUGCAGUGGUUCUGCCCCUUCCUUAGUGAACUAUUCCAGAUGGUGGUGGUAGGAGAGGAGAGGUUGGCCUACUGGUCCCUCACCUGUCGGGCAGAUGAGAUCGGUGUGACCUACGCCACCUAUGCGCAGGCCAUGACUCAGGAACCACAGAGAUCUUCCACUGCCCAAGUCCUCUGCAGCCCCCACCCCAUCAUUGGCAGAGCCUCGCCGGUCGCCAAUGCGGAAUUUCUCCGGCAGCUGCUCGAGCUCCGCAAGAUCUUCUUCCCCCAGCUGGUGAGCGCCGAAAGCGCCUGGCUGUGCCUGCACUCGGCGGCGCUGGUCUCGCGGACCUUCCUCUCCAUCUACGUGGCCGGGCUGGACGGGCAGAUCGUGAAGUCCAUCGUGGAGAAGAAGCCGCGCAGCUUCGCCUGGAAGCUGAUCCAGUGGCUGACGGUCGCCGUCCCGGCCACCUUCGUCAACAGCGCCAUCCGCUACCUCGAAUGCAAGCUGACCUUAGCGUGCCGCACCCGCCUGGUGGAACAUGCCUACCUGACCUAUUUCGCCGAGCAGACUUACUACAAGGUGAUCAACAUGGACGGGAGGCUGGCGAACCCCGACCAGUCGCUCACGGAAGACAUCACGAUGUUCUCCCAGUCCGUGGCCCACCUCUACUCCAACCUGACCAAGCCCAUCCUGGACGUGGUGCUCACCGCCUACACGCUCAUCCAGACGGCCCGGGCGAGAGGAGCCAGCCCCGUCGGCCCCACGCUGCUGGCCGGCCUGGUGGUGUACGCCACGGCCAAAGUGCUGAGAGCCUGCUCGCCCAGGUUUGGCAAGCUGGUGGCGGAGGAGGCUCACCGCAGGGGCCACCUGCGCUACCUCCACUCCCGGAUUAUUGCCAACGGGGAAGAGAUCGCUUUUUAUAGAGGGCACAAGGUCGAAAUGAACCAACUUCAGAAAAGUUACAAAGCUCUGGAGGAACAAAUGAACGUCAUUUUGUCCAAGCGCUUCUGGUACAUCAUGCUAGAGCAGUUCCUGAUGAAAUAUGUCUGGAGUAGCAGCGGCUUGAUUAUGGUGGCAGUACCUAUCAUCACUGCAAGAGGAUUUGCAGAUGGUGAAUUGGAAGAUGGUCAGAAACAAGCAAUGGUCAGUGAACGAACAGAAACCCUCACUACCUCACGAAAUUUAUUGGUCUCUGGAGCAGAUGCCAUUGAACGGAUUAUGUCUUCUUACAAAGAGGUCGCAGAAUUAGCAGGCUACACUGCUCGUGUUUACAAUAUGUUUUCAGUCUUCGAUGAAGUAAAGAGAGGCAUUUACAAAAGGGCAGAUGUUACUCCAGAACGUGAAAGGAGCAACAAGAAGAGAAAUAAAGUCAAACAGUAUAUUAACGGCCCCUUAGAAAUCAAAGGAAGAGUAAUAGAUAUUGAUCAUGGGAUUAUCUGUGAAAAUGUUCCUAUUAUUACCCCAAAUGGAGAUGUGGUGGUUUCCAGGCUAAACUUCAAAGUUGAGGAAGGAAUGCAUCUUCUAAUUGCUGGUCCCAACGGCUGUGGGAAGAGUUCCCUUUUCAGAAUUCUAAGCGGUUUGUGGCCUGUCUAUGAAGGAGUGCUAUACAAACCACCUCCUCAGCAUAUGUUCUACAUUCCACAAAGGCCUUACAUGUCCCUUGGAACACUUCGGGAUCAAGUCAUCUAUCCUGAUUCAGUGGAUGACAUGCAUGAAAAAGGAUACCAAGACCAGGAUCUGGAAUUUAUCCUGCAGAUAGUUCAUCUGAAUCACAUUAUUCAGAGAGAAGGAGGGUGGAAUGCUGUGAUAGACUGGAAAGAUGUCCUCUCUGGAGGAGAAAAGCAGAGAAUGGGCAUGGCUCGGAUGUUUUACCACAGGCCUAAAUAUGCAUUGCUAGAUGAAUGUACGAGUGCUGUCAGCGUUGAUGUGGAAGGAAAGAUAUUCCAGGCUGCUAAGGGAGCUGGCAUAUCCCUGCUUUCAAUAACACACAGGCUAUCUCUUUGGAAGUACCACACACACUUGCUACAGUUUGAUGGGGAAGGAGGUUGGCGUUUUGAAGAGCUGGACACUGCUAUUCGCUUAACACUGAGUGAGGAAAAGCAGAGACUGGAAUCUCAACUUGCAGGGAUGCCAAAAAUGCAGCAGAGACUAAAUGAACUUUGCAAAAUCUUAGGGGAAGAUUCUGUGUUUAAAACAAUGGAUAAUGGAGAACAAAUGCUUUAG